UUUUUAAUUCAUUCCUCGUUCCUUCUUCUUCCUCUUCCUCUCACCAGUCAUUUUCUCGAUUCUCACUCUUCCGGUCGCCGACUAAUUUCUGUGGUUAAAACUAGCUUUGUUUGCUGAGAAAAGUAUGGGAUCGAGAGGAUUUAUUAACGAUAAGUGGUCAAUGAGGAUUUUAUGGGGUUGUGCAAUCGGCAGUGCCAUUGGUUUAUACAUGGUUGCUGUAGAAAGACAAACUCAGAACAGGGCUCGUGCUAUGGCUGAGGGUUUGAGAGCUGCAGAAUCACAAGGUGAUGGCGAUAGUGUCUAAGUCUAUCUAUCAAGUAGUGCUCAGUUGAGUUUUUUGUUGUUUUGUUUUUGUUAUAAUGGCUGCUUCUUCCAAGAUUGUGUUGAUGUAGUUUCUGAAACUUGGAUAGUAGAAGUUGCUAAACAUACAAUUUGUGUUGUGGAAUAAAGGUUCUUUCUUUCGCCUGUCA